UGUAGCUCACAUAUGCCCCAAGUCUGCGAGAAUGUAUUGUAAAUAGUCGUUGUUCACAGGGUAAAGUGGAUGUAUGUUUUUAUAUGCAAUGAGGCCAGUGCACUUUGCAACAUUAGCGCUGCAAAGAGCCUCCGCGGAUACCACGACCUGUUGCUGACAAGCCGGGAGAAGGAGGGGGGAAAGCCGCUUGAGAAGAGAGCCGGGGUUUCUUUGCGGAGAAAAUCAUGCAUUUUGCAGUCUGGCUGCUGGGAUUAUUGUGUCAUAUCUCCACACUCGUCCGGAACUCAUUAACGUAUCGAUUGCACCCAAAGCAAGAGACCUUCAUCAAACAGUUGUCAUCUUACGAAAUUAUAACGCCAAUCCGUUUAAAUGAUUUUGGCGAGUUGUUUCCUGACCAGUUUCACUAUAGAAGGAGACGUAGAAGUGUGGAUGCUGAUUUAUUGGCCAUGCGAGCUCACUACAGAAUCGAGGCGUUCGGCCAACGCUUCCAUCUUAAUCUAACUGCUGAUUCGGGAUUUAUCGCCCCGUCCUAUACGGUGACACACUUGGGAGAGGACAAGAGGCAUGAAAACGACACCCACCAAGACGUUAAUGAUAUGCGACACUGCUUUUUUCGAGGACACGUUAACGCGAAAAGUGAACACCACGCAGUCUUCAGCCUGUGCACUGGACUUAUCGGUACAUUUACGACCCAUACUGGGGAGUACUUCUUAGAGCCAUUGAUGAGAGCUGAUGGAGAUGAGGAUGAGGAAGAGCACAACAAACCCCAUCUGGUCUACAAACAUGAGAGAAUAAAGAGACCAGUCAGAGACGGGUCCGAGCCCUGCGGCUCCUCAGAUUAUGCGAUAAACCAUGGCCAUUUUCAUAGCAAUGGAAGGCUCCUGGGAGAGUUGGAAUCAGUUUGGGAAAGUGUGGAUGAACGACCCUCAGCGACGCGCCGGUCAGACGGGCCGAGCGGCGCUCGUAGGAAACGCUUCCUGUCCUACCCACGCUUCGUAGAGCUAAUGGUAACGGCGGACGCCAAGAUGGUACGGCACCACGGACGCAACCUGGAGCACUACAUUCUAACAAUCAUGUCAGUAGUGGCUGCAGUCUACAAAGACCCAAGUGUGGGGAAUUUCAUCAAUAUCAUGAUUGUCAAAUUGAUCAUUAUUCACAAUGAACAGGAAGGGCCAAAUGUGAACUUCUAUGCUGCUACGACACUGCACAACUUUUGUGUGUGGCAGCACAGUCAGAAUGUUUUGGAUGACAGUCAUCCCUCCCAUCACGACACUGCACUGCUCAUCACCAGGGAGGAUAUCUGUAGAGCAAAGGACAAGUGUGACACCUUAGGCCUGGCGGAGUUGGGCACAAUGUGUGAUCCAUACCGUAGCUGCUCUAUCAGUGAGGAGAACGGUCUGAGCUCAUCCUUCACCAUUGCUCAUGAGUUGGGCCAUGUCUUCAACAUGCCUCAUGAUGACAACCCAAAGUGCCGAGAAGCUGGAAUGAAGCAUCAGUAUCAUGUCAUGGCCCCAACCUUGAACUAUGACACAAGCCCAUGGUCCUGGUCUAAAUGCAGUCGAAAGUACAUCACAGAAUUCCUGGAUACUGGUUAUGGAGAGUGUCUGUUGGAUGAACCAGUUGGCAGGAUCUAUGACCUUCCCAUCAAGCUCCCAGGUCAACUCUACAACGCUAACCGGCAGUGUGAGCUGAUGUUUGGACCUGGCUCUCAAGUCUGCCCAUUUAUGAAACAGUGUAAGCGACUCUGGUGCACCAGCUCUGAAGGGGACCACAAAGGGUGUCGCACCCAGCACAUGCCCCUGGCUGAUGGAACUGAAUGCGGUCAUGGCAUGCACUGUAGACAUGGAAUGUGUGUGAACAAGGAGAUGGAGACGAGAGCAGUGCAUGGUGAGUGGGGCCCGUGGGGACCCUACAGCAUAUGCUCCCGGAGCUGUGGUGGAGGAACGCGGAGCACGUCGAGGGACUGCAACAAGCCUGAGCCAAGGAAUGGUGGGCGGUUUUGUGUGGGACGCCGCAUGAAGUUCCGCUCGUGCAACACAGAGCCAUGUCCAAGGGGCCGGAAGGACUUCCGGGAGGAGCAGUGCUCCCAGUUUGACGGCAAACACUUCAACAUUAACGGCCUUCCUCCCACAGUUCGCUGGGUUCCCAAAUACAGUGGAAUCCUCAUGAAGGAUCGAUGUAAGCUGUUCUGUCGUGUUGCUGGGACGAUGGCCUAUUACCAGUUACGAGAUCAAGUGGUAGAUGGAACACCAUGUGGACCAGACACUUACGACAUCUGUGUACAAGGCCUGUGCAGGCAAGCAGGUUGCGAUCAUGUUUUGAACUCCAAGGCAAGGAACGAUAAGUGUGGAGUGUGUGGAGGGGACAACUCCUCAUGCAAGACUGUUGCUGGCACCUUCAACAAUGCACAAUAUGGUUAUAACAUUGUGGUGAAAAUCCCAGCUGGUGCAACCAACAUUGAUAUAAAGCAGGUCAGCUACUCAGGGAUGCCAGAGGAUGAUAACUACCUAGCUCUUUCGGACAGCCAGUCCAACUUCCUGCUGAAUGGGAACUUCGUGGUGUCCAUGUUUAAAAGGGAAAUCUCCUUUAAGGGGACAGAGAUAGAGUACAGUGGCUCCAACACCACAGUGGAGCGUAUCAACUGCACGGAGCGCAUCGAUGAGGAGCUUAUUCUCCAGGUGCUGUCUGUGGGGAACCUCUAUAACCCAGACGUGCGUUACUCCUUCAACAUCCCCAUAGAGGAGCAGCAGGACCGUUUUGUGUGGGACUCCAGCUCCUGGCAGGAGUGUAGCCGCAUGUGCCAAGGAGAGCGGCGACGUAAAGUGGUGUGUGUAUGCAAGAGUGACCACCUGGUGGUGUCUGACCAAAGGUGUGAACAUCUACCUCGACCCAGGGCAGCUACAGAACCCUGCAAUACAGACUGUGAACUCAGGUGGCAUGUUGUGGGAAAGAGUGAAUGCUCUACUGGCUGUGGGCCUGGGUAUCGGACGCUGGAGGUGCUGUGUAUGCGCUACAGCCAGGUGAAGAGAGGGAGUGAGAGGGUGGAAGCUAGGGCCUGUGCAGACCAGACCAAACCCCAGAGCCGAGAGCCCUGCCAUGGAGACUGUCUGCAGAAGAGCUGGCAGUAUAGCGCCUGGUCUCAGUGUUCUAAGAGCUGUGGGAGGGGCACACGCACACGAGACUCCUAUUGUAUGAACAACUUGGGCCGCAGGCUGGUGGAGCGAGAGUGUAGUGAGUUUCAGAGGGUUGUCACUGAGUCCUGCAAUGACAUGCCCUGCCCUGAGUGGUCAGUCAGUGAAUGGACCGAGUGCAUGGUGACGUGUGGCAGUGGACUGAAGCACAGGCAGGUGUUCUGUGUUACGCUGGAGGAGCGGCUCAGUGAUGACCGCUGUGAUCCCAAUAAAAAACCUGUGGCCACCAGCAGCUGUCUGCUUCCAGAGUGUGCCUCCUGGCAGGUUGGCAUCUGGAGCACGUGUGCAGUGUCCUGUGGCCAUGGAUAUCAAAUGCGAGCAGUGAGGUGUGUAUCUGGUGUUUAUGGUAAGACCGUGGAUGACAGGGAAUGUAACGCAGCCUCAAGACCACAAGAUAGUCAGGAGUGUGAGAUGCCAGCCUGUCCACGCGCACCACAGACAGUCAGCACAGCUCGACCUAUAGCACAUGGGCAGCCACUUACCCAGUGGAGAUACGGGUCCUGGACUACAUGCUCAGUCUCCUGUGGGAAGGGUGAAAAGGCUCGGUAUGUCAGCUGCAGAGAUGCUCAGGGCGGAGUAGCUGAUGAGUCUUACUGUGCACACAUCCCUCGCCCCCCAGAGUCCUUGGUGUGCUACAGCCCCUGUGGACAGUGGAGAGAGGGAGAAUGGUCACCUUGCUCUGCGUCGUGUGGUGUGGGCCGCUCCACACGACAGGUCGUGUGUAUGAACUACAACCAGCAGGUGGAUGAGUCUUUCUGCCCCCUGGAUGAGAAGCCCAGCUCUGAGCAGGAGUGCGCUGCAGCCCCAUGCCCCUCCGUCUACCACCUGUGGCCCAACAACCAGCCAUACUUCCCCCAAGACCCAAGCAGCCAUCUGGGGCACAGCAGCUGGAAUGUCCCCUCCACUGACAACCAGUGGCGGACUGGGCCCUGGGGAUCAUGUUCCAGCACGUGUGAGGGUGGUUUUCAGAGAAGAGUGGUGGUGUGUCAAGACUCGGAGGGCCACAGCACUAGUUAUUGUGACGAGAGAGUCAAACCCAGCGAGUCAAAGAGCUGUGACUCAGGACCCUGUCCUCUCUGGAACUAUGGCAUCUGGGGAGAAUGUACAGUGUCGUGUGACGGGGGGCAGCGGACGCGGAUGGUUGUGUGUCAGCGUCCCACUGGGCAGAGGCUGAGUGAGCACAGCUGUGACGUGCUGGACAAGCCUCCUGACGUGGAGCAGUGCAACACGCAGCCCUGUCCUGGCAGUGCCUUCUGGCACAGGCGACCGUGGAAGCCGUGCUCUGUGACCUGUGGCAAGGGGAGCAAGCAGAGGGAGCUCAGUUGUGUUUACCACAACCAGACGGAGACAGCAGAAGAGCACUGCACUCAUCUCCCCCAGCCCAAGACACACAAGCCCUGCAGAGCAGGACCAUGUCCCAGCUGGAGGACCAGCAAGUGGGGCGCAUGCUCGGCCACAUGUGGCGUGGGGGUGCAGACCCGUGACGUGUACUGCAGGUGGAAGGGUCAUGGCCGCAUGAGGGCAGAGAUGUGUGAUGGUGGCAUGCGGCCCCGGAACCUGCAGCCCUGCUCUCUCCCAGGCUGCCCUCAGUACACCUGGUCUGCCAGCGAGUGGCGGCAGUGUAAUGCUUCAUGUGGAGACGGCAUAAAACACAGGGAGGUCCUGUGUGUGGAUAAGGCAAUGAACCAUGUCUUACAGGACCUGUGCAGCCCCUUAACCAGGCCUGUCCUAUAUCAACCCUGCUUCAUCGCCCCCUGUCAGUACGUCUGGGUAACUGCAGCAUGGACACAGUGUUCUGUGAGUUGUGGUAUAGGUUCCCAGCAGAGAGCAGUGUUAUGCUCUACAGUGCCAUCUGUCCAAGACCUGAAGGUGUUUGCAGACCAGUCUUACACCCAGGCCUUGGGCUCUGAGUGCCUGCAGCCUGCCCCAGCCAACACCAGGCCAUGCCAGCUCCCUGAGUGCCCGCUGCCUGGAUACUGGAAAGUAGGACCAUGGAGCAAGUGUUCUCAGACAUGUGGUGCAGGGGUAAUGGAGAGAAGGGUAGAAUGUCUCACUGAAAAGCAUCUUCCCUCCAAAAACUGCCUUCUUUCCAGCCGGCCUGAUUCCCACGUAACCUGCAGGCAGAGACAGUGUGAAUUGUUCCCUACCUGCAAGGAGUUGCAGAUGAGAGAGGGUAUUCGAAAAGAUGGCGAACAUUACCUCAGAGUUAAAUCAAAGGUUCUUCAGAUUUACUGUGCAGAAAUGCAGACCAACUUUCCCAAGGAGUAUGUGACUUUACGUAGUGGCCAAACUGACAACUACUCAGAGGUGUAUGGAUACAGGCUGAACAACCCCUUCGAGUGUCCGUAUAAUGGCAGCAGGCAGCAGGACUGUGACUGCAGGACCGACUACCCUGCAGUGGGCUACACUCUCUACCACAGAGUGAGGCUGGACCUUGGCACCAUGCGCAUCAUCACCACAGAUGUGCAGUUCUCUCAAACCCUUCUUGGCCAUCCGGUCCCCUUUGCCACUGCUGGAGACUGUUACAGUGCUGCCAGAUGCCCACAGGGUCAGUUCAGCAUCAAUCUCAUUGGAACGGGACUGAAAGUUGCUGAGUCAACUAAAUGGGUCUCCCAUGGCAACUAUGUCUCCAUCAAAGUGCAUCGAUCAGAGGAUGGAACACGGAUCUAUGGCCGCUGUGGAGGAUUCUGUGGGAAGUGUCUGCCGCAUCCUCAAGCUGGACUCCUCGUCCAAGUCCAGUGAAAGGGGCUCAUCGAAUCGAGUGGAGAUUUGCACUCACCAUGUCCCCCUCUGCUAUGGUAUCAGCCCAUCCAAAAGAGACACAGAAAUGGUGGUUGAGUUUUAGUUAAUCUUGCUUCAUCCUGCACACUCUCCACCUCCCUCAAUCUGUCCUUGGCAGCUGCAGUAAAUGAUGAGGACACAAGCGAACCACAGCUCUAGCUUUCCCUCCAAAAACACCAAGUUGCUGGAACCAAGCAAACUCACACCUCCUCCACUGAGCACCCAGAUGCACAGCAGUCAGUAAUCACUACCAAAUGUAGACCUGGAGACACAGGCUUUGGCUUCCCCGACAAGAGUCUGGUUAGAGUGUUCGGACAGGCAGGGUCUCCUGUCCUGCUAUAUAAGAGGUGCAUCCCAUACCACAAAAGUAUAUGCAUUACGACAAAAGAGACAACGUCCGAGUGUAAGGAUCACAGCAUCUGUUCAAAACAAGACAAAAGCUUUCAAAAGCUUCUAUAGAGUGUUUCUGUCAUUUCACUGUGUCUGAACAUUUUCUUUCCUAGUUACAGAAGUGUUGUAAAGGGCAGAAUGCUUUUUUAGACUGACAUUCUCUGUGAAGUCAGUGAUCAUAUGUACAGUCCAUACUCCAAAAGGGAAUAUUUGAUGAUUAUGAGCAUCUUUAGAUCCAUGACAGAAGUAAAAAAAAAAAAAAAAGAAUAGCCACUGAAAGACUGCGCUCUGGAGGAUGUGAAUGUGACAACUCUGACUAAGGACUGAGAAGUUAUAGUUCCUAAAAUGGUGUUACUGUUUUUUAAAUUAUUAUUUAAACUGAAGACAAAAGCCUUACGACAGCAAAUAGCUUGAUGAGACAAUGUACAUAUCAGAACCUGUCUGUAUUGUUUAUGAAUGUUCAUAGCUUGAGUAUCACUUCUUAAACAAACCAUAAUGAUGAGAUCAUCCUAAUUAUCAUAAAAUCAUAAAAGUGAUAAUUUGAAUAUGGUUGACUGAGUUGGCACUACAGUGCUUUUGGGAUAUCACCUUAAAGCCUUGUUUCAGAGGCCAGAACCAAGCACUGUAAAUUACUGAGAAGUGAAUCUACUGUGGAGCAGAACUCAGAAGUCUGUCACUAUAAUGUAUGUAGCCAGAAAAGUAAUUGAUUUACUAUAGUAAAAAUAAGAAUAAUUUCAGUGAAGAAAACAUGACUAUGAUUGUUAUCAUACUAUUUAGAUAUAUAUUUUUACCUUCUUUCUUUUUUGUGCCUGUCACCACAGUGCUGCAUUGGCAUUAUUUGGUGUACAUGAUGGUAAUGGCCAUCAUACACAUUUAUACAAUCAGUUGUUAAAUAGGUCAUAUCAGUUUACUCAGUCAAUCAAAAAAAUUACAUUACCUUUCUAGGUCAUGUGUAUACCAGAUCUAGAUUGGUUGCUUAGCUUGUAACAUAACAAUUUGACCCUACCUCUGACAACAGUGGCUAUUCAUAACGUAUUUUAUUACUAUUUAUGUUUGACAAUAUUUAUUCUGAAAUUAUAUAAUGUAGAUAUGUGUAUAGCUUUGUCACAGUGACUACUACCAAUGGCAAACCAUUUGUGUCAUAUAUUGCAGAAAAGGUAUUACAUUUUAAAGUGUUAGUAACCACUAACUUUCUAAAUGAUUAAGAAUAUAAUGGUGGUUUUUACUACUGAAGUUACCUCUAAACAGAGGAGGAGGAUACCGGAAUACCAUUUGAAAUAAGCUUCUCAAGGCCUCAAUACAUCAUACAUCCAUCUUUCUGUUUUAUCAUCUACAGAAUAGACUUGUACUACACCUAGUGCCCAGUGUGGCCUUUCCAUGUUAACCAAGUUCAUUGCACCAAAUGCACGAUCCAUGAUUGCCCUUUAGUUCUAGUUUAUCAUAAUGCAGGAUUACCCCUGCCCUUUAGUUUUAGUUUAUCAAAAGUGCAAACCAGGAGUUCUGAAAUUAGUGGGCAAUGACCUGAGCUGACAUUAGGCUCUGAACCAGUAUUGUCAUGUAGGUGCAUGUACUAGAAUCCACAGACAUUCAGAUGUAAUUUUAGUUUGUCUCAGACUGAAAGAACAGUUCCGCGGGUCUAAUGAAUAUAUGUGAGUAGCAAACAAAUCUUUGGUUAUCGUUGUUUUUAUAGGCAACUGAACUAUGAGGUCUGUAUCAGAAAUGUAAGGAUUACUUGAUGCACUAUGUGCCAUGAAAUGUGUAGAAAUUUAAACAUCUGUCAUUUAUAUAUACAUGUACUAACAAUUUAAGUUUUGUAAUUGUGAAAUACGAUUAUUUUUAAUAUGUAUACUUGAAGUGCAAACAAUGCAUGUUGAUUGAGAGUAGGUACUGUGGUGAAAGGAAAAAGGCUCACUGGCCAUGUUUUAUCCAAAGAUGUACUGAGGCCUAUUUACCUGUGUAUGUUCAGUUUGUAGGGAUUUUCUAAUGAAAUGAUUGAUUUUGGUGCUAUGUUCAAUAGAAAGGAAGUUUAUGCCAUUGUACUAACUCCGAUUUAAAAAGAACA